AUGGAGGACACGUACCUUCUCAACCAUCCAGGAGUUAAGAAGAAAAUUCUGGCUGGAGGCACCGGACCACUGCCUCACUUUCCACCUGGGACGAAGCUGGUUUUCAAUUUCCAGACGCUGCUGGACGACUUUGAGCGGACUGUCAUCGACGACAGCCGACUGGCUGGCAGGCCAGCAGAGAUCUUUGUCGGGAAGAUGUUCAAGAUGGAAGUCUGGGAAACCCUGCUGAUGUCAAUGAGGAUCGGAGAGGUGGCUGAGUUCUGGUGUGAUGCCGUUCACACAGGCUUGUACCCCAUUGUGUCCAAGGGAAUGAGGCUGAUUGCUCAAGGGAAAGACCCCCUAGAGGGUCAGAGACACAUGUGCGGCAUGGGAAACAUGUUCCACUAUCACUCCACUGGUUUCCCAGAGCUGGAUGAGCUCAUGCGAACUCCUCAGCCGCUCAUAUUUGUCAUGGAGCUGCUGCAGGUAGGAGACCCGUUGUCCUACCACAGAGAAUCGUGGAUGAUGGAAAAGGACGAGAAGCUGCAGACAGUGCCCAGCCUCCACAUGCAGGGCAACGCACUGGUCAAGCAGAGACAAUUCAGAGAGGCCGCCAGCAAGUACAAGGAAGCCGUCCUGCUGCUGAAAACGGUCCAAUCCAGAGAGAUGCCGGGUGAUGUAGACUACAUUAACUUGGGUCGAAUGAUCGUCCCCCUGGAGCUGAACUACUGCCAGUGUAUGCUGGAGCUAGAGGAGUACUAUGAAGUGAUAGAGAAAACCACGGAGCUGCUGGACAAACACAAAGACUGUGUGAAGGGCUACUACAAGAGAGCGAAGGCCCACGCUGCCGUGUGGAACGAAAAGGAGGCCCGGAAAGACUUCAACAUGGUGGCCCACCUGGACGUCACCCUGGCCUCCCUCGUCGGUCGGGAGCUGAAGGCUCUGUCGGAGCGCAUGAGAGAGAAGUACUGGGAGGAGAAGGAUAAAUACUGGAACAUGCUGGAGAAAAAGGAGAAUAAAAAGGGAAAGGACUGGCAGCAGAUGUUACGACUGGUCAUGCUGCUGCAGGAUGAAGGAAACUUCCUCAUUAAAGAAAAAAGCUUCGAAGAAGCCUCUGAAAAGUUCAAGGAGGCUAUAGAAUAUGUGGACCUACUUCAGAAUAAGGUGGAUAAAUGCGGCGACGACUGGGAGUCGCUGGAGAAAGUGCGUCGUCCGUUGGUUCUCAACCUUAGCCACUGCCUGCUGGAGCUGAAGCAGUACCAGGAAGUGGUGAAGCUCAACAAUGAGCUGCUGAAGAAGCACAAAGGUAACUUCAAGGCAGUGUACCAGAGGGCACGAGCACACGCUGCAUUAUGCAACGAGGAUGAAGCUCGGAGGGACUUUGAUAUGGUGGAGAAGCUGGACCCAAAGUUCAAACCCUUUGUUCGGCAGGAACUGAAAAUGCUGGGGGAGAGGAUCCGCACUUUGCACACCCGCCAGAACAAGACUUACAGAGAUGCAACGCAGGAGAAGUGGGGGCCCGGUGGAAGCAAGGCCAAGGGUGCAGCAAGAAAGAAGAAAUCUGCACAGAAAACAACAGCAGAAGCAAAUAAGACGACGAUUCAGGAGAAGGAAAGCUCGGAGAAACGCCCCUCUGCAGAGACGGAGGGAGUGGAUGAAGCAGAGAAAAAUCCAGAUGUGAAAGCAGAGCCGAGUUAUACAGAGGCAGAGUGUGGGAGCGGGAUUGAAGAGGGUUUUGACAGCAAAAAUAUAGAGAGGGUCGAGGUUCAUGGAGCCGGUGUGGGUGCACCGGAUAAUCGAGCAGCGGAUAAAGAUAGCGAUCCUGUGCCCGUCAGCUCAGGCAAAGAUAAUGUAGCGAGCAAGAGAUCAGCGCGUGAUAAGGGCAAAAAGAAGGUCAAAUGCCAAUCAGGUACUGCACCGAAUCCAAACAGAACAAGCUCAGGGAACAAAGACACCAGCAGUAAGACAGGAAAUGGUCCAUCAGAGUAG